GUGCUCGCGGGGCUGGAGAGGGCUUGCCCUGGGGACUUGCACCGUGUUCCUACCCUUCCAUACCCUUCACCGCCCGCGCCGCCGCCCUCCCUCGGCCAGCCCGCUCUCUCCCUCCCUCUCCGACCCCUCCUUUGCUCCCUCCCUCAGGGUCCAAUUGCUCAAGCUGCUUCCUUCCCCAACGCCAGCGCCAGUUCCUCUCCUGGUGGGGCCCGGGAAGGGCAGCGAACGCUAGACUCAAACUGCCGCGGCGGCAGCUGCCAGACCAUGGCCCAGCCCCGAGAGGCCACGAAUCUGGCACCCAAGGCCUCCCUCGUAGCGAGCGCGCUGAGCCUGCAGAGCGCCCCGCAGCCCCGCGUAGCGAAAGAGGACUUAGGCAGCUUAGCCAGGUACCCGGGCAAUGCCGCGGCCACCGCCUCCCGGGAGCCCCACUUGCACAGCUCGCUGAUGCUCUCGGGAGCAGGCUCCGGGCGCCGGCGGGGAGCACUGCGAGAGUUGCUGGGGCUGCAGGGGGCGGCUCCUGCCGGGUGGCUGUCAGAGGAGCGAGCCAAGGAGCAGUCGCCCGGCGGGCCGAACGGACUGGGUGGCAGCGGGCUGUGCCUGGAGCCCCGAGAGCACGCGUGGAUACUGGCGGCCGCCGAGGGCCGCUUUAAUGUGCUGCAGGAGCAUCUGGAAGCCGAGCCGGGACUGCUGCUGCGGGGCGACCCGAUCACGGGCUACACGGUGCUGCACUGGCUGGCCAAGCACGGGCGCCACGAGGAGCUCAUCCUAGUACACGACUUCGCCGAACGCCGAGGACUGCGGCUCGACAUGAGCGCCCCGGGAAGCGGCGGCCUCACGCCCCUUCACCUGGCGGCCCUGCAGGGCCACGACAUGGUCAUCAAGGUGCUGGUGGGCGCCUUGGGCGCUGACCCCAUGCGCCGCGACCACAAUGGACAUCGGGCCUGUCACUAUCUGCGGCCCGACGCGCCCCGGAGUCUGCGCGAGCUGUCGGGGGCCGAGGACUGGGAGACGGCAGCAGGCAGAGAGCGGAACAAUGCCAACAACAACAGCAGCGGCAGCGCCGGGUGGGCGCCGCGACGGCCCCCGAGCGCAGGGCGCUUGACGGUAGUGGAGACAACCGCGAGAGCGACGGGGUCACUCGACACGGAGAAGGACUCCACAGGCAGCCGAGCGGCGCAAAUUCAUAACCUUGUCCGCCAUAUGUUCCCUUUCUUCCAGGACCGUUGAGGGCGAUGGGGAUUGGAGGGCGCGGAGGGACUGCGACGCCGUGACCGAGGCCUCAGUCCUGGGUUGUACCGGGUUCAACACAAGGAGCAGCGCCUCGGACUCAGCUCGGAUCGCAGCCGAGUGCGCUGGGCCUGCAAGGAGCAGACCAUCGUGGGGUCUGUCUCAUGUACCUGCUCCAGGUCUCCUGCUGCCGGGGGACCAGGGCAUCUCUAACCGAGGAAGCAAAGACCAAGCUCUCUUGGCGCCGAAUCCCAAAAUCACAGGACUAAGGAGUUAGGAGCAGGAGCGUGGCCCUGCUUGGGAGAGGGAAAGUUAAGCUUCCAGUAGCCGUUUGAGGGCAGGCAGAAGCUCUGGGUUUAUUAGGAAACAUUUGCUAGACGAGUAGUCAAGACUGAACCACCAAUGCAAAGGAAGCACCAAACUGCAGGCUUGAUUCAGCUGUUAGUGCCGUAGACUCAGCCCCUGGCAACCUGCUCCGGAGACAGCCAAGCUUACCAUACCUUUUCUAAUGCAUCAGGGAUGACUUCUUCAGCAUAUUAAAGUGGAAUCUGUUUUCCUUUCACAUGACAAAGCUGUCCUUUGAGUGACUUUUUUUUUCAUUAACCACCAACAGGGGGAAGCUUCCUACCCUUGCAGGGAAGAGGUCACCAACCCAUGGCCACAAGCUAGUGAUUCAGGGCCAGCUCUGGACCUCAUUCUCAGAGCAAACGGCCGAGCUGUGCACUGCUGGAGUUACUGUCACCUUGGCUUUGAGUAGAGCCACACAGUUGACCUGUGGUCUCCCAGGCUCUUUGGCAUCUAGAGCUGGCCUCCUCCACCUCUCACACUAGAGGAGUUGUCUGUAGGGGGCAGAGGGGUGGUGGCAGGGAGAAGUCUCCAAAUGUACAUUUCUGAUAUUUCAUGCUGAGUCAUAUAAUUUACCUUGUGCCCUCCAGUGAGACACACCCACUGGCACUUUCUCCAAGAUAAGGCUUUAAUCAUUAGC